UUUGCAGUCCCCUGCCUUACCGCUUGGCCAUGCCGCCAAAAAAUCCGAUCGAAAAUCUAGAAAACAGCAAGUAUUCAUCCACGUUUUCUUACGAAAAGCCCCUUUCUUUUAUUUUGAAUAUAAUUAAACUUACUUUUUUCCAAUCUUUUUCAAAAAAGAUACUCCUGCUUUUUUUGAUCCAGUUUCGAUUAUUCUCCUCGAUAGAUUCUAUCUUAAAACAUACAUUGCUAACACAAUAAAACUUCCCAUUUCUUUCUAUUGAGAUGAAAAAGAAGAAAAGUGGAUUUCUAGUCACAGGCUGCAAAAUUCAGAACAAAUUGGAACCAUUAACUAGAAUUCUCUUUCUUUUUUGAAUUGCAGUAGUGAACUACUCUUAAAUCGGUAUUAUCUCCCCCCCUUCAAUUUCAAUGGCAUAAUAAAAUAUUAUGGCUUUAUGCUUAAUCCGUGUAUAGGUGAACUUUAGGUCCGAGCAGCAUUAUUAUCCAAAGAUCCCCUUUAUGUACAUAUCUCUAUGGGGAAUCGUGCUUUAAUUUUUCAAAGUAUUAAAUUAAAUAUCUUGAAUAAAAAAAGGAAAUUUGCUCUGAUAUUAGAGUAUAACCUGACUAUCUUGGCCUACCCAAGUGAAAUUACGAUAAAAGAAAAGCAUGGAUAUGGGGAGAGGUGGAUAAUUAGAUUGGCAUGUACUUAAAAAAGGGACUUACUUUAUUUUAGAAUUCCACAAUGAAAUACUUAAUUUUCUAGCAAUUAUACUACUCCGAUCCGAAAUAAAAAAGAACCCUCAAAUUAUUUUUAGAAAUUAAAGUAAGCACGCUAUUCUAAAUCGAAGUAAAGUAAAACUUUCUAGUGUAUUAUAUUACGGCUUUAUUACAUUCAUAGAAAGGGGAUAAAAUGAGAAAUCUUUGCCAUUCAAUCUGAUUAGAAUAUUAUAAAGUAUAAGUGGCAUAAUUUUUUUUGUAGGAAUAUUUUAGCAAUUCAUUUUCAUUUCAUUUGUACCCCUGGUAAACUAGAAUUUUCGUCGAAAUGGUCUCUAUUCAUAUGUAUGAAAUACAUAUAUGAAAUACGUAUGUGGAGUUCCCUAGAAUUUCAUGUGAUUCAGUAAACAGAAUAUAGAUUCCAUGAUUGCUAGAUCAAUCCGUAGGGAUUGAUGAAGAGUGAGCUGAUAAUGGAAUUUUUCUUUGAUAAACAGGAAACUUAAGAUUAAGAUGCUCCGGAAUGGAAACGAGGGAAUGUCCACAAUACCCGGAUUUAGUCAGAUCCAAUUCGAGGGAUUUUUUAGGUUCAUUAAUCAAGCCUUGGCAGAAGAACUUGACAAGUUUCCAACAAUUAAAGAUCCAGAUCACGAAAUUGCAUUUCAAUUAUUUGCGAAAGGAUAUCAAUUGCUAGAACCCUCGAUAAAAGAAAGAGAUGCUGUGUAUGAAUCACUCACCUAUUCUUCCGAAUUAUAUGUAUCUGCGAGAUUAAUUUUUGGUUUCGAUGUGCAAAAGCAAACCAUUUCUAUCGGAAACAUUCCUAUAAUGAAUUCCUUAGGAACCUUUAUUAUAAAUGGAAUAUACCGAAUUGUGAUCAAUCAAAUAUUGCUAAGUCCUGGUAUUUACUACCGCUCGGAAUUAGAUCAUAAGGGAAUUUCUAUCUACACCGGGACUAUAAUAUCAGAUUGGGGAGGGAGAUCGGAAUUAGCAAUUGAUAAAAAAGAAAGGAUAUGGGCUCGCGUGAGUAGAAAACAAAAGAUAUCUAUUCUAGUUCUAUCAUCAGCUAUGGGUUCGAAUCUAAGAGAAAUUCUAGAUAAUGUUUCCUACCCUGAAAUUUUCUUGUCUUUCCCGAAUGCUAAGGAGAAGAAGAGGAUUGAGUCAAAAGAAAAAGCUAUUUUGGAGUUUUAUCAACAAUUUGCUUGUGUAGGUGGGGACCUGGUAUUUUCGGAGUCCUUAUGCGAGGAAUUACAAAAGAAAUUUUUUCAACAAAAAUGUGAAUUAGGAAGGAUUGGUCGACGAAAUAUGAAUCGGAGACUUAAUCUUGAUAUACCUCAGAACAAUACAUUCUUGUUACCACGAGAUGUAUUGGCCGCUACGGAUCAUUUGAUUGGAAUGAAAUUUGGAACGGGUAUACUUGACGAUGACGAUAUGAAUCACUUGAAAAAUAAACGUAUUCGUUCGGUUGCGGAUCUGUUACAAGAUCAAUUCGGAUUGGCUCUUGGUCGUUUACAACAUGCAGUUCAAAAAACUAUUCGUAGAGUAUUCAUACGUCAAUCGAAACCGACUCCCCAAACUUUGGUAACUCCAACUUCAACUUCAAUUUUAUUAAUAACUACUUAUGAGACCUUUUUUGGCACAUACCCAUUAUCUCAAGUUUUUGAUCAAACGAAUCCAUUGACACAAACUGUUCAUGGGCGAAAAGUGAGUUGUUUAGGUCCUGGAGGGUUGACGGGGAGAACCGCAAGUUUUCGGAGCCGAGAUAUUCAUCCGAGUCACUAUGGGCGUAUUUGUCCAAUUGACACGUCUGAAGGAAUCAAUGUUGGACUUACUGGAUCCUUAGCAAUUCAUGCGAGAAUUGAUCACUUGUGGGGAUCUAUAGAGAGUCCGUUUUAUGAAAUAUCUGCUGAGAAAGCAAAAGAAAAAAAAGAGAGACAGGUGGUUUAUCUAUCACCAAAUAGAGAUGAGUAUUAUAUGAUAGCAGCAGGAAAUUCUUUGUCCUUGAAUCAAGGUAUUCAGGAAGAACAGGUUGUUCCAGCUAGAUACCGCCAAGAAUUCUUGACUAUUGCAUGGGAACAGAUUCAUGUUAGAAGUAUUUUUCCUUUCCAAUAUUUUUCUAUUGGGGGUUCUCUCAUUCCUUUUAUUGAGCACAAUGAUGCGAAUCGGGCUUUAAUGAGUUCUAAUAUGCAGCGCCAAGCAGUUCCACUUUCUCGGUCCGAGAAAUGCAUUGUUGGAACUGGAUUGGAACGCCAAACAGCUCUAGAUUCGAGGGUUUCCGUUAUAGCCGAACGCGAGGGAAAGAUCAUUUCUACUGAUAGUCAUAAGAUACUUUUAUCAAGUAGUGGGAAGACUAUAAGUAUUCCUUUAGUUAACCACCGUCGCUCUAACAAAAAUACUUGUAUGCACCAAAAACCUCGGGUUCCACGGGGUAAAUCCAUUAAAAAAGGACAAAUUUUAGCAGAAGGAGCUGCUACAGUUGGGGGGGAACUUGCUUUAGGAAAAAACGUAUUAGUAGCUUAUAUGCCAUGGGAAGGUUACAAUUUUGAAGACGCAGUACUAAUUAGCGAACGUUUGGUAUAUGAGGAUAUUUAUACCUCUUUUCACAUCCGGAAAUAUGAAAUUCAGACGGAUACGACAAGCCAGGGCUCCGCUGAAAAAAUCACUAAAGAAAUACCACAUCUAGAAGAACAUUUACUCCGCAAUUUGGACAAAAAUGGAGUUGUUAGGUUGGGAUCCUGGGUAGAAACUGGUGAUAUUUUAGUAGGUAAAUUAACGCCUCAGAUAGCGAGCGAAUCAUCAUAUAUCGCAGAAGCUGGAUUAUUACGGGCCAUAUUCGGCCUUGAGGUUUCCACUUCAAAAGAAACUUCUCUGAAAUUACCUAUAGGUGGAAGAGGGCGCGUUAUCGAUGUGAAAUGGAUCCAAAGGGACCCCCUCGACAUAAUGGUUCGUGUAUAUAUUUUACAGAAACGUGAAAUCAAAGUUGGGGAUAAAGUAGCCGGAAGACAUGGGAAUAAAGGGAUCAUUUCCAAAAUUUUGCCUAGGCAAGAUAUGCCCUAUUUGCAAGAUGGAACACCCGUUGAUAUGGUCUUCAAUCCCUUAGGAGUACCCUCCCGAAUGAAUGUGGGACAAAUAUUUGAAAGCUCGCUCGGAUUAGCGGGGGAUCUGCUAAAGAAACAUUAUAGAAUAGCACCCUUUGAUGAGAGAUAUGAGCAAGAGGCUUCAAGAAAACUUGUGUUUUCAGAAUUAUAUGAAGCCAGUAAAGAAACAAAAAAUCCAUGGGUAUUUGAACCCGAGUACCCGGGAAAAAGCAGAAUAUUUGAUGGAAGAACAGGCGACCCCUUUGAGCAACCUGUUCUAAUAGGGAAGUCCUAUAUCUUAAAAUUAAUUCAUCAAGUUGAUGAGAAAAUUCAUGGGCGUUCUACUGGGCCCUACUCACUUGUUACACAACAACCGGUUAGAGGAAGAGCCAAGCAAGGGGGACAACGAGUAGGAGAAAUGGAAGUUUGGGCUUUAGAAGGAUUUGGUGUUGCUCAUAUUUUACAAGAGAUACUUACUUAUAAAUCUGACCAUCUUAUAGCUCGCCAAGAAAUACUUAAUGCUACGAUCUGGGGAAAAAGAAUACCUAAUCAUGAGGAUCCUCCAGAAUCUUUUCGAGUGCUCGUUCGAGAACUACGAUCUUUGGCUCUAGAACUGAAUCAUUUCCUUGUAUCUGAAAAGAACUUCCAGGUUAAUAGGGAGGAAGUUUGAUCGGAAUAAAUAUAAAUUCUUUUCUUAUUUCUAUUUUAUGAUUGACCAAUAUAAACAUCAACAACUUCAAAUUGGACUCGUUUCCCCUCAACAAAUAAAGGCUUGGGCUAACAAAAACCUACCUAAUGGAGAAGCCGUUGGCGAAGUCACAAGGCCCUCUACUUUUCAUUAUAAAACCGAUAAACCAGAAAAAGAUGGAUUGUUUUGCGAAAGAAUCUUUGGACCCAUAAAAAGCGGGAUUUGCGGUUGUGGCAAUUCUCGAGCGAGCGGAGCUGAAAACGAAGACGAAAGAUUUUGCCAAAAAUGCGGGGUAGAAUUUGUGGAUUCUCGGAUACGAAGAUAUCAAAUGGGAUACAUCAAACUCGCAUGUCCCGUGACUCAUGUGUGGUAUUUGAAAGGUCUUCCUAGUUAUAUCGCGAAUCUUUUAGAUAAACCUCUUAAGAAGUUGGAGGGCCUAGUAUACGGCGAUUUCUCUUUUGCUAGGCCCAGCACUAAAAAACCCACUUUUUUACGAUUACGAGGUUUAUUCGAAGAGGAAAUUGCAUCCUGUAACCACAGCAUUUCUCCCUUUUUUUCUACCCCAGGCUUUGCAACAUUUCGAAAUCGGGAAAUUGCGACAGGAGCAGGUGCUAUUAGAGAACAAUUAGCAGAUUUGGAUUUGCGAAUUAUUAUAGAGAAUUCUUUGGUCGAAUGGAAGGAAUUAGAAGACGAGGGGUAUAGUGGAGAUGAGUGGGAAGAUAGAAAAA